CUUCAAGCGUUCCAUGUGACGUCACGUAGGGUUUUUAAAGAUUAGUUUUUCCAUAGGACUCAGUAAACCAUGGAUAGUUUGGGGCUCUUACGGGUGCAGUUGCCUAUAACAGUGUUAUUGUCAUGUAUGUUUACAUUCUCCUCCGGCAGUGAAAUGAAUUUUGUAACGUGCGGGUCGGUGGUGAAGCUGCUCAAUGUGAAACACAACGUCAGAUUACACUCUCAUGAUGUCCGCUAUGGAUCUGGUAGUGGUCAGCAGUCGGUGACCGGUGUGACCACGGUGGAGGACAGUAACAGUUACUGGAGUGUGCGGGGCACCAAUGAUGCUGCAUGUCAUCGAGGGACUCCGAUACAGUGUGGACAGAACAUCAGAUUGACCCAUGUGAACACGGGCCGCAAUCUACACAGCCACUACUUCACUUCUCCUCUUUCUUCAAAUCAGGAGGUCAGUGCCUUUGGUGAGAACGGUGAGGGUGACCAUCUGGACGAGUGGACCGUUCUGUGUGCAGGCACUGUUUGGCAGCGGGAUGAGUCCGUUCGGUUCCGCCACACGGCCACCGAGGCUCUGCUGUCUGUGACGGGAGAACAGUACGGCAGACCCAUUCACGGCCAGAGAGAAGUGCACGCCAUGAUGGUCAGCAGCUCACACAGCUACUGGAAAACAAUGGAGGGCGUCUUCAUGAAACCCAGUGAGACUGGAUCCAAGGAUUUCAGUCUGUUACACACUGAGUUUUAGAGAAAUGCUUGAUACAAGCUGAAUCUGCUGGACUCUUUACAGUUCUAUUGUUUUUUCUUUACCAGAAGAGGAGCCUUGAGCUGUUAUGAAAAAGGGUUUUAUAAUCAAAUUGUGCCUCUUGCUUAUUUUUUUAAACACUUUUAUAUUGCACAGCAUACGCUACUGUUCAAAGGUUUGCGGUCAGUAAGGAUUAUUAAGGUUUCGACAACAAAUAUGAAAAAUAGCUGUUUGUUUAUGUUUAUUAAGCACUAUAUAAGCAUAUUAGAAUGAUUUUUGAAAGAUGUGCGUUACUGAAAAUUCAGCUUUGCCAUCACAGGAUUAAAUUAUUUCAAAAUAUAUUAAAAUAGUUAUUUUAAAUUAUAGUAAUAUUUCACAAUAUUGAUGCAUUUACUGCAAUUUGAUAAAUUAAUGCAGCCUUUGUGAGCAUUCCUUCAAAACCUUAAAGAUAUCUUACUGACUUUAACUGUUGAAAAGUAGUGUAUAAUAAGACAAACAGAAAUUUAAAUUUAAAAAUUGAAAGAGAAUUCUUUGUUUAAACAUACAUUUAGAUUUUUGGAAUGCAGAAAGAAGCAAUUAAUUCCACAAUCUUACAGAUUUCAUAAUUAUAAGGCAAAAGUUUAACUAAGUUUUAACUUGCAGCACAAUAUACUCACCUGUAAGAAUAUUUAAUGGCCAUUAAAAUAGGAAAAUCAUGGCCAUCUUACAAGUAAUAUUAAAUUAAAAAGAACAACAACAAAUCCUUAAAUAAUAAAACUGGCCCACAACUGUCCUCAAAAAAAAAAAAAAAAAAAAUUAUAAAAGAAAAAUAAAACCUGGGAUAUGAUUUAAAACCACAAAUAUGAAUUAAUUGCAUACCGAACAAGCUGGAAUUCACUUGAAUUGUUUGAUGCUGACACUGCAGCAUCAGUGCUACUUUAUGUUGCAGCAGUAUUAAUAUUAAUCUCAUUGAGAGACUUGCAGUUAUGUGGUGCUAUGUAAUGAUGUUUUAGGCUAUUUUUCUAAAGGAAGCUGUGAGUUACUUAUAACAAAUGCUUCUAUACAGCCAUUAUUAUCAUACUUGCACACCUGAAUAUUAUACUAGUAACACUAUGGCAAAGUCUUUUUCCCUAAGAAAAGCAUUUAUUUUUGUCUCUAAAUGUAUAAUUGUAACUACAUUAAGUGCCUUUUAAAUAUUCACACAUGUACUAUGAUAGCAUAUACUGUAAAAUUUGAAAUGACCUGUAAACUUUUUUUAUAUUUACAUGGUUGGGUUCACAGCUGUCUACCAUUUGACUUGGUAAUACAGUACAUACACGGUACCAACUGAGAAGCAUUAGUACAGAUUUUGAAGAAUUAAACAGCCUUUAGAAUAUUACCUCAGACAGACGGUUUGUGUAAAUGUGUUAUUU